AGCCGCGCCCCAGACAUACAGUCCAGAGCAACGUACAAAGCCCGGCCGUAUCUGUACCUCUGUACCUUUUUCCUCAGCUUCCCGUCCCGUUCUCCAAGGUACCUCGACCUCCAGUUCGUCCCCUCCUUACUGCCUUUCAGUCACCAUGCCUGACUCUGGCUAUCGGUACCCAAAUUGGAGUAUUUCCCUAUUCCUCGGCCUUUGGCUGUAUCCUGAAGUUUCCCAUUCUCUUUUGUUCGUUGGGUAUCAUAGCAUAACCUUGUUUCAGUUGACAAAAUGGUCGCCGACUUGCCAAGCUCAUGCAACUUACACGGUCCAGCUCUAUUACAACUGUCAGCAUUCACCCAAUGAACCGUCACAUCACCAAGCAUUGGCAUUAGCAACUCGUAGAAAGCCACAGAAUCCCCUCGGUAACGGCAUCCUAUCUACCCAAAGGUGAUUUGUCUUUGUACCCGUGUCACUCGAAAACUGGCACGUUGUUCCCUCAACGACGAGCUCCAAUUCUGCCCCGCGUUGGAGGGGCUGUAUUUUUU